AUGUCGAUGAAUGGCGUUUCAAGCAGUGCAGUUCGAGGAACUCGACCAAUAACAACAACUGUGAGUUUAUCUUUUCCGCAAGCUUCCGCGUACGCGGAAAAAUUAUUUUUUCCAGGAACUCACUCAAAUCUACCAUCAUUUUUUCGGAGCCAAUCCGGAAAAAGAAUAUGAUUCAGAUGAUAGUAUUCUGUCGGAAAUCGAUCAAAUGGAUGAUGAAGAAUUGGCUGAUCGAACUGAGCAAUUCAAGAAGAAUAUCGAGAAUGUGGAGAAGAAUCAGGAGAGUAUGAAGAAGAUUGAUGAGAUUUUGGCGAUGAGAGUGAGUUUUUUUUUUGGAAAUUCUGAUGAAAUUCAUUUUCUCCAAAGAAAAUGAUCUAAAAUUUCUGAAAAUAUAGGUGAUUUUGAUGAAAAUACAGCUAAGAUCCUAAGAAUUUUCGAUGAAAUCCAUUUUCUAGAAGUCCAAAAGUUUGCCACGUCAUAACCGAUGUUCAGAGUUGAGAUGAAUGAUUUUUAAUAUCACGAUAGUGCUCGUCAGCAGGUUAAAAACUACUAGAAAAAUUAAAUUUUAUCAAUAAUUCUGUAUUUUCAUCAAAAUUACCUAAAUUUUCUGAUUUUUCUCAAUUUCGAUCACAAAAUUGUCAAUUUUCCUAGUAGAAGCCAUAUUUUUUCAUUCAAUGAAGCCUUUCUCGAAUCUUUCGUAUAAAUUAGAAGAAGUCGUGUCCUUUUUAUGCACUUUGAAUACAUAUUUUCCUCUCGUCACAAUUACACGAUUUUCUUAGUCUAGAUUUUUCGCGAAAAAAUUCGCCUGUUUUUGACAACAACACUUCAUUGUUACACCUCGUUUUGGAAUAAAAGUGUAACAUGAUGGUUUUGUUGUCGAAAAUUUGUGUCUCUGGAGUUUUUUGGCGGGAAAUUUUGAUUUUUUGGGAGCAUUUUGAGCUUUGGAAAAGCUAGGAAUAAAAAUCAAGGCUUUUCUGCUCUAGGGACUCAUGAUCUGUCUCUAGUUUGAUAAUUUUAUUUUCUAGUUUGAUCAUUCAGUUUUGUAGUUUGACCUGAAUUCAUAAAACAUUGGUUAGCUCCACUUUUUGGUUGAUGUAUUGUUUUCUAGUUUGGUCACUCAUUUAUCUAGUUUGACCUGAAAUCAUAAAUUGAUAGUUUUAAAAUAAUUCAAAUUUCAAAUUUUUGCCAGGUCAUACAUAAUAGUCUAGAGAGAUUUUUGUUCAAAAUUGAAAAUUUGCAAAGUUUCCCAAAUAAUCCAAAUUUGACCUAGAGGCUGAAAUUUUGAACAAAAUCAUCAGAGAACAAUCUAGAUUAUGACGUGGCAAUUUUUAUCGAAUUUUUCAGAAUUUUUUAGCCACAAUGUUUUUUAGUCCAUUUUUAGCCAAUAGUUGUUUGGUUUCUUGGUUUUUGUUUCUCUGGCGCAAGACUAAUAAUUUAUUGUUAGCUCAGAUUCUGUGAAUUAGUCAGUCAGAAACCCUAUAAUUAAAGAAAACCCUCAAUAAAUGUCACAUGACUGGCUUAAGUUUUGAUUCAGUUACACUUUUUUCUAAAUUUUAGUGUCCUGAUAUUUCUAUUCAUUUGUGAGAACCGGAUUCUCUGGACAAUGUAACCUUAUGACUUGACAUACACGUUUUUGUGCAAGAGUUUCAUAGUCAUGAGGGUCCGUUGCCCAGAAAAACUUGCGAGAACUCGGAUUUUUGGGGGCGAAACAGCUGGGGAAUUUCAAAAAUUGAACAAAUUUUGAGUUUUGGAAAACUAAACAUAUAUGUUUUUUUUGUACAAAAUCUCUUGAACAAUGCACAUUUUUUAACAUAAAAAUAAACAAUUCAGAAAUAAAAAAUCUGGAAAUUUUAGAUGUUCUAGAAAGUUCUAGAAAUAUUCUAGUAGCUUGAGAGAAUUAUAGAGCUUGAGAGAAUCUUCACAGAUCUUCUGAGUUUUCCCAGGAUUCUAGAAAUGUUCUAGAUCUUUUUGAAAAUCCAAAAACAUCUCAUAGACAUUCUAGAAAUAUAAUCCCUAAUUUUUUCCAGAAAAAGCCGAAAUCCAGUAGUCGAAUCGAUGUGUCAGAAACACCUGAGAAAACGCCAGUUCGAGUCCUCAAACCAAACAUCCCAAGACAAAAAUCAGGAACAUCCCGAAUCGAUACAAGUCCACCUCGAAAAUUGAAACAAGUUCAACAACCUGAGAUCACUAAAGUCUACCCGCAAAUUGCGAGAAAAUAUCAGAGAAAUGUUGGAGUUGAUGAAGAGGAAUGCGGAAGCGGAAGCGGAAAACCGGCAGCAGUUCCGGAAGUCAAGAAAUUCAAAUCAAUCGAUACUUGGUUGGGAAGAGAAGCGCCUCCGGUUAUCAAUCAAAAAUUGGAAUUUUUCGAUGAAGUUACGCGUGCUUUGAGAAGCGGAAAUGAGAGAUAUUUGAGAAAUUCACAAUUGCGCAAUAUUUUGAAAGUUUUGACUGAAUUGACUGAAAAUUAUUCGACCAAGGAGAAUCAAAAAAGACCGAUUAAUCAUAUCAAAGUGUUGAAAAUGAUUUCGCCGGAAGAAUUGGAAGAGAAGUGAGUUUUUUGACUGAAAGUUGACUGAAAAUAAAGGAAAAUUGGGAAAUUUUGAUUUAGAAAGGUAUUCGAGAUCGAAAAAAUCCGAGAUAUUGAAAUAUUCAAGAAAAUUCUGAAUUUUUUGAAUCUGAAUUUGAAAAAUCUGAAAUUGAAUUAUUUUCCAAAAAAAUCAUUUUUUUAAAGAAAAUUCGACCAAUAAAGGUGUUCGGUGUCGAAAAAUCCGAAAAAGUCAAUCAUUCGAGAAAAUUGUGUUAUUUUAUACUGAAAAUUGAUUAAAAAUUUCAAAAUUCGGUUUUUUUGGCUAUAAAACGUUCCUGGAUCAAAAAAAUCUGAAAAAAUUCAAAUUUUCUAGAAAAAUGCGGUCUUUUUCAAUUCUGUAGUUUGAAAAUGUGAUCUUUCUGAAAACAUCUAAUUUUUAAACGCUAAUAAAUAAAAUUCAAUUUUUUCAAAUUUUUCGGAAAAAUUGAGCCCUAAAAAUUCUACUAAAAAACGAAAAAUUAAAAUUAUCCCUGAAUUUUGGCUUUUCUCAAUUCAAGCCACAAAAAACAUGCGAAUUUUGGAUUUUUCAGAUUGGAUCCAUUAGAUCUGGUCUUCUGGUGCCCAAUGCCAUCAAAAGCCGAAUAUAUUUUGAAAAUUGUCAGAAAAAUGUUCAAAAACGAAGUGAUUGAUGAAAUUUUGAGCGAUGAAAAAUAUGGAUUUUUAUUGAAAACCAAAGAUUGUGUAAAUGCGAUUCGUCGAUAUUAUCUUCUUGAUCGACCAGAAAAAGAUAAUGGAAAAAGUAUUUCGUGUCUCACAAUUCAAUCAGUCGAAUUCAUCCGAGCAUGUCAUACGGUCAAAGCUGAGCUCAAACCGAAUUAUAAACCCAAUGCAUUUGUCGAUAGAUGUUUGAUGUUGGAAUGUAAGAGAAAAUAA